AUGGCAGUGCUAACUGAUAUAUCUUUAUUGUUGACCAAUAUAAUUGGUUCAAUGAUUCUUUUAAUAUUUUAUCCUAUAUUAGGUUUUUUAAAUUAUAAAAAAAAGAAAACAAAUUUCCCAACACCAAAAGCAAUAGUUAUCACGGGUGCAUCAUCUGGUAUUGGUAGAGGAAUAGCACUUGAAUAUGCAAAAAGAAAAACCAAUAAUUCUUUGGUUUUAGGUUUAACUGGAAGAAACAUUGAAAAAUUAGAAGAAAUUCAAAAAGAAUGUUUGGAUCUUGGUGUUCAAGUAGAAAUUGAAUCAAUUGAUGUCACUGACAAAGAAAAAUUAUAUGAUUGGUUAAUUAAAUUUGAUAAUAAAUAUAAAAUUGAUAUUUUAAUUGCAAAUGCUGGAACUGUUGAAACAAUGUUACCAAAAGAAUUAGAUUUUACUGAAAGAAUAUUAACAGUUACAAACACAAAUGUAAUUGGAACCUUGAAUACAGUUUUACCAAUGGUACCAAUCUUUGAAUCAAGAGGAUCUGGUCAAUUGGUUUUGAUGUCAAGUAUUACACCAUAUUUUGAUUAUACAAUGGCAGGAUAUUCAUCAAGUAAAGGUUACCUAAAAUCAUUUGGGUUAAUACUUAGAAAUGGUUUAGCAUCAAGAGGUGUUGGCGUUUCAGUAAUAAUACCAGGUUUUGUUUAUACUCCAUUAGUUGAUUCUUUGGAUUAUAAAGAUAUACCAAUGUUACUACCUAUAACAACUGACAAAGCUUCAAAAUACAUUGUAGAUGGUAUUAGUAGAAAUGAUGCAAUAAUUUCAUGCCCACCUUUAGUUUAUUGUAUAUCUCAUUUCUUUGCCACAAUUCCACCAACUUUAAGAGAUGCCACUAAUUUUAUUAUAAAUUCUCUUGCAAAAUAUCCAGACUAUAGGAAACCAGUAACUCAUUAUUCUCAUCACUCUCGAUAUUCUACAAAUGAAUCAAAAAGAGAAAAUUGUCCCUCCUCAUCAGUUAAAAAUUUAAAUUCUCAAAAAAUUAAGACUCAUAAUAAAUAA